UUUACAAUUCUGCUGAAUGGUCCCAUCUCCAUCUCCUUCCUUGUCUUUCUGACACAGAGGUUUGAUCAGCUGUUUACAGCAGCUCUAAAUCCUCCCAUCAGGACCAGUGACGUGUCUCCUCUUAGCUGGACACACGCUCUGUCUGCUGCCCUGGUUUCUUCUUCCCUCCUCCCCCUCCCGUUUAUUAUUUCAGGCUGAUUGCUUCAGCUUUGCAGUUAGUGUCCCUGUGGGCUGGCAGUGGAUGCAUCCUCCUCAUCUCUUCCUCCAGUCUCAGUGAGUACUCUCGGACCCCUGCAGUUCCUGGAUCUGGCUGGGCUUCAAACCCCCCACCCACCAGCCCAUCCUUCCACCAUGCGGUCUCUAAUGGAGAGCAGCUGGAUGAAGUUUGGACCGGCUGGCAGGGACUCUCUGGACUGGUCCCCUGGACCCUCAGCUCUUCCCUCCACUGACAGACAAGCAUCGGUAAGUCAAGACAAAAUCUUCAUCUUUUUAGAUUCUGUCUCAGAUCAAAUCAUUAUCAUCUACUCUGUAGAGUUCCCACUUAUAGUUGAGAUUUACAUUUUACUGAGAUUACCACCACUUUUGUCAUGUUUUAAAAAAGUUUGCAGGGUAAAAGCAGGAGACAUUUUUAAGGCUUCUUUAUUAAAGACAGAAAAGUGCAUUGUGGAAAGGAAAUACAGCCUUAAAGAUGGCGGCGUACAAAAUAUCUGACAAAUCUACGGCCCUUUGUGUCACCAAUGUGAUGUUUUGUAGAUCUACUUAAAGGAAGAAAACUUGAAUAUAAAUGCUCAUCAAACUGAUAAUAAAGUUGUUAUCAGUUAAAUUGGAUAGACUUUGUAAGAUUUUUAAGAUAUGAGAGUCUUAGAGUCGUAUCAGAGAUCCAUUUCUAUUAAAAACAAUUCGUUUUUAAUAAAUAGUCAAAAACAGGUUAUCUUCUUUGGGCUGUACAAAUAUUAUUUUCUGACAAUACAACAUAAUACACAAACAAUUUACAAAAUCAGUGGUACGGUAUCUUGGCACAGAUUAUCAGGUGUUUUUUCACAUUUCAAAACCUUAUUUACAUUGUUAGUGUUUUAAAAGCUGGGACUGCUCUUUCUAAACAUCUACAGUAAAUUCUGAAACUACUUAUUUUGCUUUCAUUCAGAUAAUAUUAUCAAGUUUCAGUAAUGAGCAAUAAAGUUAAAAGUUAUACAAGAGCACAAUAUGUCAAAAUCUGUGUGCUGUAAACCCUGAACAGUUCUGCUCGUACAGAUUACUUCAUGUAAAACUGCCACAGAGAUGUGUGUAAGUCACAGCACCCUCUGCUGAUCAGAUGUUUCCAGCCCAAAAAUAGUCCUCAGUAAUUCCUUUAACCCUGGUACUCUAAGCUUCUCUACUCAUCCCUCUGCUUUGCUUAUUCUAAAAGUCAACCUUACCUUACUAAAAUAUAAGUAUUUUAUAAUAAUGGAGAUUGCCCUGUGCUCAUAAAGCUUGGUGCUUUGUAUUAUGCUGGUUGAUUUUUUUGAUAUUUACCCAGCUCUGCAAGUUUUUACUUUAUGUGUCAAAAAUAAUUACUACUACUACUAAUAAUAAUAAUAAUAAUAAUAAUAAUAAUAAUAAUUUGUAAUAUAAAAUAAUAAUAAUCAUGCAUGCAGAGAGGGUGAUAUGCAGGUUUUGUAUGGACAACAUACACUCGUAUACCUGUUACAGACAAAUGACAUCAUUUUUUUGUGUCUGACUCACAGGGACAGAGCUCAGGUGAGGCCCUCAUCAGUGCGGGGGCCAUCACUUACAUCUCUCUCGCAAUUGUCUCCGUCUUCCUCCUCUUCUUCAGUGCCCUCGGCUUCUUGAUGUGGCGUCGCAGACGUGGUUUCAGCCUUAACGGCAAACUUGGAUUAGCCAAUGUGAUCGCCCUGGAGGACCUGCAGGACCCCGAGAGGAACUGCGAGUUGCUGUCCUCCAUCAGACGCAGCAGGAGGGAGCACCAGCUCCCCAGCUCCAGCUCCGAGCAGGACAUGGCGGAUGGCGUCUUCCUCAUGGUCUACUUGCCCUCACCUUAUGAACAGACACUCACCAGGAUUGCCAGAGCUGCCAGCACGAGUAGCUCAAAGGAUGUGGAGCUGCUGCAGAGUCCUGGACCAGAGACAGGCAGGAGUGACCAACAGGACAAAGCAAACACAGAGGGAGAGACAAAGGGCUGAAUGACAUAUGAGAGAGUCUUUCAUUAAAGCUGAGACUGCACAUUCAUUUUCAGUCUAAAAGAUAAAGCUGGGAUGAAAAAGACAAAGACAGUUUAAGGGAAGGAUUACUGUCAUUAGAUUUUGUCUUAAUACGCUGACAGCUCUGUGUAAAUCUGCGAUUUGGUGGACUCAGAUUAAAAAACCUAAUAUCUCUUUAAAUCUGAUGUUUUCCUUGGAGACACUCCUAAGAGAGAAAUUUAAGCUGCUGAACACUCUUGACGUCAACACAGAAUGAAUGCUUUUUUAAGUCUUUCCAUACAAUGAUGGCGUUUUCAGAAAUUACACCACAGAAGGUGCACAAUGUACUGAAAUGUGUAUUUUAUUCCUUCAACAUAUCCUGGAAACACACUUGUUUUGUGCACAUCUUGUAAAUUGUGCAGAUUACUAAAAUGUAUGAUGUAAAGUUAAUCUGUAGCAAAACUGUAGAAUUCACUAAGAAAUCUAUUUCCCCUCAAACAGCUAUUUAGGCAACAGAAACAAAUCUUUAUUUUGUGAUACUCAAGUUUGUAUUCAUUUUGUCUUGUCUAUUUUUGUCUUAUUGUUUGACCUUUGAAUACAAUAAAAUGGAUAAGUUUGAUUCUGACUCACUCAGCUUUCACUCUUUGUUCCUCUACAGUGAUAUAUGACAUCAAACUGAAAAAUAAAGCAUGG